ACUGCAACAGGAGUCGAAUUCAACAAUUGAAAUCGUCUAAGGAAGCCAAGUGGGUGGGGACAGGGGUUGGAGUCCGCAUUAGUGGCUAUUCAAUUUCAAUGUUGAAAGAUAAGCCCCUCAAAGUUGCACAAGGACCAAUGGAUAUGGAGGAGCUGAUAGUUAUAACUUUUAAGCAUACAAUUAUUGGUAGUUUGCAUUGGCAAGUUUGCCCUGAGUUCUAGAGAAGCAAAGAUGAAAAUCGGCAUUUUCUGGCCAUCAGCUCUUCAAGGUUUAUUUUUGUUUUGUGGGCUCUUCCAUCUUUUCUACUGCUCAAUAUUUUUCACAGGGUGUGUUUGUUUGGAUAUAAAAUAUUUUUCAAAAAACAUUUUCUACAUUUUCCGCUGUUUGGCUCUUAAUUAAGUGGGAAAAAUAUUUGCGGGGGAAAAAAAUUUUCCUUAAAAAAAGACGGAAAACAACUUACUCCCGCGAGUUACUAAAGUUAUUUUCUUUUAAUUGAGCGUCUCUCAGUGGGCUCUUUUUGAUCAAGGAGCUAUACAUCGGAAGAGACAGAGAGGUCACCAACAACAACCUCCAUUUCCGGCGAAGGGAGUGAUCCAAGGUCAGAUUCCAAUGAUGUAAAAAUCUCUGGAGAAGUGCAUAUUCCUAUUGAGUUCGGGCCAACGGUGGUGCCUGAAGAGAAAGUAAAGACGGCAAAGCCUCCACCUUCCGUCAAGAAUAGCGGCAGAGCGACAAUCAGCCCGGCAAAGAUUGAACCUUCCGGCCAUCUUAAUUUUAAACCGGAGGAGGGCACCUCAAUACCGGUGUCUCACGGCCGAUUGGGUAAAGUUGCUUCAAAGAAAGAAGCCAGACCAGCUGUUUCUCCUUUAAUGGAGGAGAAACUCAAGCAGCAAAAGACUGCUUCAGCAAGCAUCAUUGUGAUACAAGGCCUCGGUCAAGGAAUCAUUGCUCCGCCCCCAUGUCCCUCCCGCACGUCAUCGAAAGAAGAGCAGAAAAAGCCGAGGGCCCGUGCUGCUGCAGGUGAUCAAGAAGGCAAGCAACCAGAGCAUAGCAGCACUGCCAGCGAUGUGUUUUCUGAUUAUAUUACUGGUGUGAAGAACAAAACGAGAACCCCAUCAAAUGUUAGUGAGGAGACCGUGAAUGCAAGUCAAUUUGCAAGGUUGGCGACAAGGCGAGACAGCUUCAAUGACAAGGUUGUUAACUAUAUCAGCAAACGUUCAAAUGCGGCAAACGUCCCUUUUCCAAUUGCAAAUUUGGAUAUGGAUAAAGAUUAGAAGCUGGCUGCCUGCUCCCACUCCAUCUCCACUCUCCACCCGGACCAGUAGGUGUUGGAUCUUACAGUAUUGUCUCACAGUAUAAAAUUGCAAACGAACAUUCUAAUCUGUCGCCUGCAUCCUACCCUCAGGAUAACCCCAUCAUUUAGCUGUUUCUCGCGUCUUAAAACAUGCAUGUUUUAGGAGAGCAAGAACCCCAGACCCCAUCUUUAUUCAUUUAUUCACCGUCUGUAUGAGAGGCAACAGCAAUCUAAUUCCGUUCAGCCAACUCUCGUGACUGACUUUAUUAAGGGUAGGGUGUUAUUAGCCUUUUUAUAUCUUUUAAGAUGAAUUUGUAGGCGAUAAUCGAGAAGAAUUUUAGAUUUACAUAUUGAGAUUUUAGACUGCAACCAAAGAGGAAUAAAAAACUUUUUCCUUUUUUCACAAAAAAGAAAUGUCUUUAUCCGUCAAUUACGCAGUUUAUCCCUGCUAACUUCACUCCACUGCAAAAAAAAAAAAA